AUGUCUUUUACAGUCCCGAAGAAUGCUCCGUCCUUCGGCAACCCACAACGACUGAUCGAGGAUCACAUGUGGUCAUCCUCAGGCGUCACGGCCCGCGGUUCGAAAGCACAAGCGUCCGGCAUCCUCGACGGCGUUCAGCACCGUGUGGAUGAUUUCUUGGGUACGCGCGGACAGCUGCCCAUGUACAAAGACAAACCAUAUACCUAUGCCGCGUCCAGGCGCCUGCGGCCGGCGUGGCGGAGAAAGAGGACCAUACUGCUCCUCAUACUGCUGGUGCUGGGUGGCUGCUGGUUCUUUGGCGUCUUCGAGGAUGUCGACACGCCGCACAUUGACCUGCAGCGGUGGAUGUCGUCCGAGGCGGCCAAGGAACCGAGUGGCAAGAAGGUAGACUGGGACAAGAGGAGAGAAAGAGUGGUGGAAGCCUUUGAGUUGAGCUGGGAUGCGUACGAGCGAUACGCUUGGGGCUACGACGAGUACCACCCUGUAGCGAAGACCGGCAAGCACAUGGCACCCAAGGGCCUCGGCUGGAUCAUCAUCGACUCGCUCGACACGAUGAUGCUCAUGAACCUUACUUCGCGGCUGACGCAUGCCCGCGAGUGGCUGUCCCAGUCGCUGACCUGGGACCAGAACCAGGACGUCAACACGUUUGAGACGACGAUUCGCAUGCUCGGCGGCCUGCUGUCGGCGCACUACAUCUCGACCGAGUUCCCGCAGCUGGCACCAUUAGCUGACGACGACGAGGGCGCGCCGGGCGAGGACCUGUAUCUCGAGAAAGCCAAGGACCUAGCAGACCGAUUGAUUGGAGCAUUCGACUCAGAGUCGGGCGUGCCGUACGCGAGUGUCAUCCUCAGCAAGGGCGAGGGUGUCAUCUCGCACGCAGACGACGGAGCGUCGUCGACAGCCGAAGUGACGACGCUGCAGCUUGAGUUCAAGUAUCUCGCCAAGCUGACGGGAGAGAAGUACUACUGGGACAAGGUCGAGAAGGUGAUGCAAGUGGUGGACGACAACGGGGCGCAGGACGGCCUCGUGCCCAUCUACAUUUAUGCGACAUCGGGCAAGUUCCGCGGAUCGAAUAUCCGGCUCGGCUCGAGGGGCGACUCGUACUACGAGUACCUCAUCAAGCAGUAUCUCCAAACGAACAAACAGGAGCCGGUAUACCAGGAGAUGUGGGAGGAGUCGCUCGGGGGCGUGCGCAAGCACCUCAUCACGUACAGCGAGCCCUCGCGCUUCACUGUACUGGGCGAGCGACCAUCAGGGCUCGACGGCAAGCUGUCACCCAAGAUGGACCAUCUCGUGUGCUUCUACCCUGGCACGAUCGCGCUCGCAGCCACAGGUGGCCUCACGGAAGCCGAGGCGCGCAAGCUGCCGACGUGGGGCGCCAAACAGGAGGCAGACAUGGCGCUGGCGCGCGAGCUCAUGCAUACAUGCUGGGGCAUGUAUAAGUGGAUGGCCACGGGGCUGGCGGCCGAGAUCACAUACUUCAAGGUCAACGACCCGCCGUUGCCAGAGUCGGCCCCACACAAGGCGCCGAAAGAGUUUGACUCGGAUCCGGAGGCGACGUGGCGGAAGGACUACGACGUGCACAGCAAUGACGUGCACAACCUGCAGCGGCCGGAGACGGUAGAGAGCCUGCUGUACAUGUGGCGCAUCACGGGAGACCCGAUCUACCGGGAGUGGGGAUGGGAGAUGUUCAAGUCGUUUGUCACCCACGCGUCGGUGGAGGAAGGUGGCGGCUUUACGAGCUUGAGCAACGCCAACACGGUGCCCCCGGUGGUCAAGGAUAACCUCGAGAGCUUCUGGCUGGCCGAAACCUUGAAGUACAUGUACCUGCUGUUUUCGCCAAACGAUCUGAUGCCGCUCGACAAGAUUGUCAUCAACACGGAGGGACACCCGUUCCCGCGGUUCGACAUGGGGCCGCUCUUCUCGACGGGAUGGAAACGCAAGCCGCGCGAUGACAAGGGCAAGAUCAUCGUAUGA